AUCUUAAUUGAGGACUCCACUGUUUUCAUAUUGCUUUUAAACAAUUUGUGCACCUUAUUUGAGAACUUUUGUUUUACAUCUGCAGGAUUUACUUGCUAAGCCUGUUUGUUGGUUGGAUGAUUUCCAGUGAAAUCCACAGAGACUCUACAAUUUUUGAAAGAACCCCUCCCUCCCCUCCCACCCCAUGAGAAAAUACCAGAAAACACAAGGUCUGUAAGCACAGCCCCACUUGGUUCUCUCUGGUUUCAAACCCCUCCCAAGGAUCACAUGUGAAGAGGGGAAUGUCUCAGGAUCUACUAUGUACCAUCGCAUCAUGAUAGUGAUUAUUUCAAUUAAUCGGGACGAGUUGAGCGACCUCUGAAUGGGCAUUGAUAUUUGCUGCAGGUUCACAGGUUAAGCUCUCAGCUUCACAAUGGCUGACUGGGACUAUGACUAUCUGAUCAAGCUGCUAGCACUCGGAGACUCUGGCGUGGGAAAGACCACCUUCCUCUAUAGAUACACCGACAGCAAAUACAACCGCAAGUUCACAUCCACGGUGGGCAUCGACUUCAGGGAAAAGAGAGUGGUUUACACAGGAACGGGCGCUGAUGGGAUGACUGAGAGGAACUUCAGAGUCCACCUUCAGCUGUGGGACACUGCAGGACAAGAAAGGUUCCGCAGCCUCACUACAGCUUUCUUCAGAGAUGCCAUGGGCUUCCUGCUGAUGUUUGACUUGACCAAUCAGCAAAGUUUCCUCAAUGUCAGGAACUGGAUGAGUCAGCUACAAGCCAACGCGUACUGUGAUAAUCCGGAUAUUGUGCUGGUGGGAACGAAGGCAGACCUUCGAAAUAUGAGGGAUGUUUACGCCAGACAGGCCAGAGAUUUGGCAGAUAGAUACGGCAUCCCCUACUUUGAAACAAGUGCAGUGACGGGUGCCAAUGUGGACGAGGCAGUGGCCACCCUGCUGGACCUGGUGAUGAAGAGGAUGGAGCACAGCACAUACGGAGGCCUGAGCUCUGAACCCAAUGGCAAACUGUUUGUUUGUCACAAAGUGGAGGAGGCGCCUGUCAGUAGGAGCUGUGCCUGCUGAUUCUGCCCACCGGCAGCUGCUCCUCUUACAUCGUAGCUGAAAUCAAAUAGGCUCAAUUCUGGGGAGGCAUGGUUCUCGAGAUUUGUAAGGUUGUUUUUUACUCGUUGCCUGUUGAGACACAACGAUCAUGUUAUAACAGGGUAUCUGCAGGUUUUACAAAGUCUUUACAAAACUGAAUUCAGGUUCCACUCCUAUAGCCCUAAAACAUUAUAAGUCUUCAUAUUUCAUUUGCAAAGGUAUAUAAUAUAAUAUAACAUAUGUAUUUUGCUAGCUAAAAACCUAAAUUAACUAGAAUUAUUUAAUCAUUUUCAUAGGAUAACUCAUAGUAAUACAUACAUUUUCAGACCAGAUUACGCAAAUACAAAGCCAAAUCAAGUCAAAAAAGGAUUUGAUGUGGUAUGUAAAGGGUUGUAAACUUGGUGGACCCUGCAGAAACCCUAUUUAACUACACUAAAUGGUUUUGACUCACCAGAAAAGAACAUCUUAAAAUGAGGCAUUUCAGAGAAAAAUACAGUUUCCUUUUAUUUGAGACAUUGAGGCAUUGAUGGAAGGAGUAUGCAGGCACAUUAUGUAUUUAUUACCAUGGAGUAUAAUCUCAAAACAUUUAAGACAUUUUACAUUUCUCAUAUGAAUGCUUGUUGUUAGACCAACCAAAGUUCUUAUAGUCCCUUAUAUGAUUUAUACAUAAGGACUUUUAUACAACAUGUACAUAAGCAGCCUAGCUUUUCUAUGCAUUAUGGAAUUAAGUUGUCAUGCAGAUCGAACAUAUGUAUCUAUGAAAAUGUCAACGGGUUUGUCGGGAAACGAGUCAUGUGUUGUGCUGCUUUUGAAAUAAAGAUCAUUUACUGUACA